UCAAAGAUGGCGGGAGCCUCCGACCCACUGGAGGACAUGCUCUUCAAUGAGGUGGAUGAGAAAGCCGUUAGCGACUUGGUCGGCUCUCUGGAAUCUCAACUGGGCGACCGAAAGAUUCCCGCUGCUUCGUAUUCCGACGGGAAACGGGAGGCAGCUCCGGCCGCCGCGGGUCAGUUCUCAGGGAAAGUGCGCGAUCAAGUGGGGUCUGUGGAGCCGCAACAAGGGCAUCCGAAAGCGGGGUUAACCCAGGAACCCGGCGCUAAUGAGCCUCUCUCCGCUCAAACCCUCUCCUCCUCUACCUCCUCCGUCGCCACCGGGGCCGUAAUCACCGCCGGAGCCGGGCUGCAAACAGUUGCGGUAGCUCCUCCGACUGCUUCCCCCGGACCGGGACCCGUAACUUUAACCACUCAGCCCGCCGCUGCUAGCUUCCACCGGGCGGCUGUCCUGGGUCCGAGCGCGGCUCCCACCUCCUCCAUCGCCCCCACGGCGGAGGCUAUCAGGACCGGGUCUCCCGGACUGCAAAGUUUGAACGGAAACGGCGGAGCUGUAAAGUUGGUGAACUCGCCCACGGUCCCCCCACCAGCCGGGGCCAGCACUGUUAUAAGUACUGUCAGUGCCGGGGGGUCCGCUGUCAUCACCUCCAUCGCUGCUCAGCCUAAUUUCCCGGUACCUCAGUCUUCAGUGGCGUCUCCGACUGUGGCUUUGCAGAGACACCCCAGCCCGGUGGCCGGCGUCGCCCAAAACGGGGUGGACCCCAAGGGUGGCCAGGUGGUGACCCAGGGCGCCCCCUCCCCAUCAGCCUCCACCUCUCAGGUCAUGAACCACAGCAACCCUCUGAUGCACACCAAGAUGCUGGUGCCCAGCCAGCCGGUUUCUGGAAACUCUGUCAUCCUGACAAGUACGCCUCCUCCUGCCGCCCAGUCCCCCAUCAGUCAGACUCAGACUGGUACCAGUACGGCCGCCGUCACCCUGACUGCUGCAGGGGUGAAGCCUGCCAUGAAUGGAGUGGGUCAGUCUGCGGUGGCUGUGGUUAGGCCGCCGGGCGCCCCGGUGGUGGCCACCUCCAUCCAACAGCAGAGACCCGGGCUGGUGGCGAGCUCGACCCGGGCGGCUGCUCCUCAGCUUCCGCUGGCCGUCCGGCCCCAACAGCAGACCACCAUCCAGCUGCCCCCCGGGUUCACCAUGCCUCAGGGUAUGGUUCUGGUCCGGACGGAGACUGGUCAGCUGGUGAUGGUUCCCCAGCAGGUCCUGGCUCAGGCUCAGGCCAAGACACAGCAGGCCCAAACGGUGGCAAACAUCACCCAGAGACCUGUGACACCGACGGCCGGAGCCACCAUCCGGGUCAGCACCGCCACCACGGCUCCUGGUACACCUCAGACCGUCCGCCUGGCCUCCCCCGCUCCAACCAGACUGGUUCAGGCUCCCUCCACCACCACUGUACAGAAGACGAUCACCGUGGCCCCUGGGGGUGCGGCGGUGUCAGUGAAGAUGACGACCCCUCAGAAGGCCCCGACGGUGAUCACAGCAGGGGGUGCGCCCGUGGCCAAGCCCGCUGGGGUCCCGUCCACCCCCCUGACCAGCACGACCCCUGCUCCCGCCCCCACGCCCCCCGGCAGAGUCACUGUGGUGUCCCAGGAGAUGCAAGAAAACGUGAAGAAAUGCAAGAACUUCCUCGCCACGCUCAUCAAGCUGGCAUCCCACAAUUCCCCCUCCCCAGAUACCUCCAAGAAUGUGAAGGCCCUGGUCCAGGACCUCCUCGAUGCUAAGAUUGAGCCUGAGGAGUUCACCACUCGGCUGCAGGCUGAGCUGAAGUCCUCCCCACAGCCCUACCUCAUCCCCUUCCUCAAGAAAAGCCUCCCUGCCCUGCGUCAGUCUCUGCUCAGCAGUCAGCAGUCUCUGAUGACGACCACCCCCAGCACCUCAGCGCCCCCCCUGGCCGCCCCCGGCUCUGUCACCACCACCGCCAUCAGACCGCGGCUGCCCGUCAGUCCGGCCACCAGCACCGUCAGACUGAACACACCUCUCACAAACACAGCAGCUCUGGCUGUGGGCAGACCAGGAGUCCAGACCGUACAGACCCGUACCCCCGUCGUCAUCAGUCAGGCUCUCAGACCUCAGGGUACUCUUGUGAGGGGACCCACAACCCUAGUUGGCAAAGGUCUGGUUAACCUGGCAGCUCAAGCCAAUCAGAAGAAACUGAGUGACCCAGGGGGCGGGACAUUCAGAGAUGACGACGACAUCAACGAUGUGGCGUCCAUGGCCGGCGUCAACCUUAAUGAGGAAAACGCCCGUAUCCUAGCAACCAGCUCAGAGCUGGUCGGCACAAAGAUCCGCUCCUGUAAGGACGAGUCCUUCCUGCCCACCGGCCUCCUGCACCGCCGCAUCCUGGACACAGCUAAGAAGCUGGGUGUGACCGAGGUGCCGCUGGAGGUGGUGAACUUCAUCUCCCACGCGACCCAGUCCAGACUGCGCUCCCUGCUGGAGAAGGUUUCAGCCGUGGCUCAGCAUCGUACGGACGGAGGGAAGGAUGAAGAACAUUACGAACAGACGACGGACGUUCGGUCUCAGCUUCGUUUCUUCGAGCAGCUGGAGCGAAUGGAGAAACAGAGGAAGGACGAACAGGAGAGAGAGAUGCUGCUGAAGGCUGCCAAGAGUCGCGCCAGACAAGAAGAUCCUGAACAGGCUCGUCUGAAGCAGAAGGCCAAAGAGAUGCAGCAGCAGGAGUUGGCUCAGAUGCGACAACGAGACGCCAACCUCACGGCCCUCGCCGCCAUCGGACCACGCAAGAAACGUAAGCUGGACUCACCAGGAGGAGCGGCGCCCGGCACAGAGGUGGCUUCGGGCUCGGGCUCCUCCUCGGCCGCCUCCUCCCGCCAGCAGCUCCGUCAGCGGAUCACGCGAGUUAACCUCAGGGACUUCAUCUUCUGUCUGGAGCAGGACCGCACCACGGCUCGCUCUCUGAUGCUCUACAAGGCUCUGCUGAAGUGAGGACUGGGCCCGCUGCAGAUCACCAGCUGGAUUGCACUCCACCUCGUCCUCGAACCCUCGUGUCCUCUGAGAUGUCUCAGAGUCACUGCUUAUUUUGGCCCGAGUCCGUCUUCAGUCCCUGCAGCACCUUUUUAAUCUCUUUCAUGUCAUGUUUUACAUCGUGCUCUUGUUUUUUUAUGAGGCUGUUUCGUUUUUAGCUCAUCCAGGUGUCUAGUUUUUACCUGCACAUCACAUGUCAGCUCCGUGUUUGUCCAGAGUCCACGGCGUAGCUUUACGGAACAGGACAGAUCCUCGUGUCUUUGCUGAACGUUAGAGGUUUGUGGACGCGGGUCCAUGUGUGAUUGGUCAGCGGCUCAGACCCCACCCCUCCCCCUCCCAUGGUAGAAAACACGCUGAGGUGGAUCAUGUGCAGGUGUGAAACUAGGCACCGUUUUCUGUUCCGUCGUGUUUCCUGUUCCCGCUGCUUGGAUUGUUCGCCACCCUUCGACUGCAGCGCUGUACCUGCACAGGUGCCUUCCUGUCCAAAUCUUUCCCCACGUCUCCGUCCAGGUGUCCUGUCCCCCCUCAGGACGCCGGGCUCGUUGGUAUCUGAUCGCGCUCUGAUCCGUGGCGUCGUUCGGAGGAAGUUUUGUGGAGGUUCGUGUUGAUGGUUGCUGUCAGAGGAAUGUGAAAUUUAGUACGAUCUCAUGUCGUAUGAACGAUGAACGAAGAGUUGGUGGAUCGUGUGUGUGUGUGUAGAUUUGUGGGAGGGUCAUGUUGAACACGGUCACAGGUUAAAGGAACAGUUCAACAUUUAGAUGAUCCUCGUCUCGUCUUUCCUUCGGAGGCCUUCGUCCUUGGCCAGCGGUCACAGCCGCCGUCCGACUCACGACCUCCAGCAGAGCUCAGCUUCACGCUAACGUGGAGAUGUGAGAGCAGGUCAGAGCGUCCGACUCUCGGAGACACGGAGGACGGUUCUGGACGUUGACGUGUUCCUUUAACUCGGUUCCAGUUGAAGUCGAACAGUCAGCACAGGGAGCUGGUUCUCCUGACGGCCACUGACUCGGGCUGCGCUAACGUGUGCUAAAGGCUAACGAAUGCUAACAAACACGCAGCUCCAGAUCACACAUUCCUGCAGUGGCCCCGCCCCGCCCCUCCUCCCGCCCCGCCCCCCCGGUCCUGUUGAGAAGACGACUUCGUGCUGAAUGUGGUUGGAGAAUCAGUUUGGCUUCACACUUCCUGUUUUUAAGAUGCUUUUUUUUGGACACGUGUACGUGGAAGGUUUUUAACGCUUUAAACGUCUCUCGGUUUCUCUUUUGGUUUGUAUAGUCUAACUGGUUUAACUGGUCUAACUGGUCUAACUGCUCACUGAGGCUGUGGUGUAUGUACUGUACAGUCAGUCAGAGUCUGGGUCCCCCGGGUCCCCUGGGACUUUAUCGCCCGGCUGAAGUCUCAUCUGUUGGAAGGACACAAUUUUUGCGACUAUUUAUAUUUCCUACAUUCUGUACUCAAUCCUGACGCAUUUCAGGCAAUGCAAUUUUACAGUUGUUUGUACCUUUGCAAAAAAAAUGAAAUAAAGAAAAUGAAGCAGG